UAAAGACAUACGACGCACAUGCGUGUCGAAAAAUCUCAAGUGAGACGCAACGGUGAUAUAACCUGUAAGCCACGCGCGAAAAUAUUAAUAUCAAUGAAAUAUCGGAUUAACUGAAAAAUGAAGCGACUCAAGAGUGUUAUCGAAGAUGUGAUUGUGCAAUCUGAUAAAAUCCAACCAAUUAUUGUGAACUUUCAACAUGGUAAGCUUAAAGAUGAAGAGGACAAGGAGAUGUCAUGUGGUUUAUUCCGUGAUCAAAGGGAAGAUAAAACUGUUUUGGCAUUAUCAAAUGGACAGAUUGUAUAUAAAGGUUAUAGACCAGAUUUUGAAAAAGAAUCGACAAGGACAAUGCUGGUACUCCAUAAUAAGAGAACAGGCAAAGUACGAUUAUUUGAAGCAGAACGGUGGCAGGUAACUCCAGUACUUGAAAAACCUAUUAUUGAAGACAACAAAAAUGAUAUGGACGAAAAGAUUGUUUUAUUGAAUAAACAAUUUGGGUCGAAGAAAAUUAAACGUAGAACCGAGCAAUUUGAAAGACUGAAAGUGGAUGUUAAUUCUGUUAAGGAGCAACUUGAGAAAACAGUGUCAAAUGUUGAAAUUGAUAGACUAGAUUUAUCGGUUCAAUUACAAACUGAUGACUGUAUUUCCACAAUAUUACCAACAUGCAACAGGGAUGCGAGUAAUGUCAAAGAUGUGUACAAUGUAUAUGACAUUAUUCCAAGGAGUAAACUGGAAAUGUUAUAUGAACAUGCAAUGAAAAUUCUUAAUGGAGAUGUAGAAGAAGAGAAGACUACAUUUUUCACACACACUUUAAAAUUUAUUAAAUCGGAUCCAGAUAAUGUAAACAAGGUUGCUCUCUUACUCUACAUUGAAAUGGUCAGUGUAUGGUGCGAUAUGAUAGCAAAGGAUGUAAAGAAACGCGACAUUAUUGUGUGUCCAAUAUCUGAAGAGGUAAAUCGGCACAUUAUUGACACAUACAGCGUACCCAGCGCACAUGGACGAAUGAGGCCAAAUGUUAUGAAAGAUAAAGGUCUUGUACAUUGCUUGAUCCUUGCACUGAUUGUAUCAAACUUUGAACUGGAUCUUGAAUUGUUUCGAGGUACACUGAAAAGAAAAACUGGUCAGAAGAAACUAAUAAAUUUUGUAAAAAUCAUUGGAGCAGUGUUUUCUAAAAAGGAUAAGAAUAUUAUUAUGCUCAAGGUUCCAUUGCCUUCAGUGACUCUUCUCACUCCAGAGGAAAGAGAGCAAAAUUUGAAUCCACUGCUCUCGACAGGAUGGACUGUUCAGUCAAACAGGGAUGCAAUUUAUAAGGAAUUUGUAUUCAAGAAUUUCAAUGAAGCCUUUGGCUUUAUGACAAGAGUUGCCUUACAGGCUGAAAAGAUGGACCAUCAUCCUGAAUGGUUUAAUGUUUAUAACAAAGUGAAUAUCACUCUCUCAUCUCAUGAUGUUAAUGGUUUAUCAGAGAGAGAUGUGAAACUGGCGACUUUUAUAGACAAAGUUGCCAGCAAAUAAGAUUCUUUUGGCUUAUCUACCUGGGACCUGUCAGAACAUUAUCUAUUCGAAUACUUAUUAUAUACAUGUUAAUGACAAUAAUGAGAAACUUUUGUUAUUACUUAUUUGUAACAUAUAUAACUAAUAUGAAAUAAAUGAGCUUUCUUUAGUUCAUUAUACAUACA